GCCUGUUGCCCCGAGAGAGUUAACGGAGUGGGGGAACGCGGCUCUCCUCCGCCCGUGCCGGGCGCUUGGCAACCGGGGCGCCGCGCAUGUAGGGCCGCCGGGGGCUGCGGCCGCUUCCCCCCGCCCCGCCGGGCCCCCGCGUCCCCUUCCCCGCCCCGGACAAGGCGUUUAACGUGCCCAGGCGUGAAGUAUGGCAUGCAAAGAUGGUUUCUGCCAAGGAGCCAGCCAUCGUCAUGUCCUCGGGUCUCUCCAUCGCCCUCCUGCACUACCUGUGCCUGGCGACGUGUCUCACCGGGCCGCCAGGGCAGAGCAAAAAAGAGGAGAAAUUGUGGCCGGAGAAUUUCACCAGCAUCCUGAACAGCCUCCUGGAUGGCUAUGACAACCGGCUGCGACCGGGAUUCGGGGGUCCUGUUACUGAAGUCAAAACAGAUAUAUAUGUCACCAGUUUUGGACCUGUUUCUGAUGUAGAAAUGGAAUAUACAAUGGAUGUCUUCUUCCGUCAGACAUGGGUAGACAAAAGAUUAAAAUAUGAUGGCCCUAUUGAAAUUUUAAGACUUAACAACUUGAUGGUUUCAAAGGUGUGGACACCUGACACUUUCUUCAGGAAUGGAAAAAAGUCUGUUGCACAUAAUAUGACAGCCCCCAAUAAACUCUUCAGAAUAAUGAGAAAUGGCACCAUCCUGUACACAAUGAGGCUUACAAUAAGUGCAGAGUGUCCCAUGAGAUUAGUGGAUUUUCCCAUGGAUGGUCAUGCUUGUCCUCUCAAAUUUGGGAGUUAUGCUUAUCCAAAGAGUGAAAUGAUUUAUACCUGGACAAAAGGACCUGAGAAGUCAGUGGAAGUUCCUGAGGAGUCUUCCAGUUUAGUUCAGUAUGACCUGCUUGGGCAUACGGUAUCCACUGAAACCAUUAAAUCUAUUACAGGUGAAUAUGUUGUUAUGACAGUUUACUUCCACCUCAGACGGAAAAUGGGUUAUUUCAUGAUUCAGACCUAUAUCCCAUGUAUUAUGACUGUGAUCCUUUCUCAAGUUUCAUUUUGGAUAAAUAAGGAAUCCGUUCCAGCUAGAACUGUGUUUGGAAUAACCACAGUGUUGACAAUGACAACACUGAGCAUCAGUGCAAGACAUUCACUGCCAAAAGUAUCCUAUGCUACUGCCAUGGACUGGUUCAUAGCGGUCUGCUUUGCCUUUGUGUUCUCUGCUCUUAUUGAGUUUGCUGCUGUCAACUAUUUUACUAAUAUUCAAAUGGAAAAAGCCAAAAGGAAGACGGUAAAAUCCCUUCUUGAAUUUCCAGUUGCUCCAGUACAAAGAAAAAGAAGUACAGAAGAGACACUCACGGUACCACAUCACAUGGAAUAUGAUGCAUCAGGUGUGCUCACCCUGGUAAUCCAGCCACAGUGUACAGAUGCCAACUCAAAUGUGAGGAAAAGAACAAAUGCCACAGUACAGUCUGAAGCUGAUGGUGGGAGCCGAAUUGACACAAGGCACAGCUCCAUCCAGCCUCCCUCUGUAGCUCAGGGGUCUUCUGACAUUACACCCCAUUCCCUUUCUGCAUCAAGUCCCAACCCUUUCACACGAAUCAAUGCAUCAGAGACAUUAUCUUCUGCAAGAGCUACCCCUCCAGCUCCUCCUUCUACCCCAAUUUUAACUGGAUUUGUAUCCCAGCAUGCCACAGCUGGAUCCCCUUCCAUUCAGCACUUGCUUGGAUCUAGACUGGAGCAGAUUCAGACCACCACACCUAAUACAUUAGGAGGAUCUGCAAAACCAUCUGCUGUCACACCACCUGCUCCCCCUGCCUCCCACUCUGGCACGAGUAAGAUAGACAAAUAUGCACGCAUUUUAUUUCCUGUUACCUUCGGAGCAUUUAACAUGGUCUACUGGGUGGUGUAUCUAUCCAAGGAUACCAUGGAAAAAUCAGAAAGUCUAAUGUAGUUUUGCUGCUAUGUAGUAGUUCCUAAAUUAUACUCACAUUUGAUGCAGAGUUUCUUCUUUUGAAACUAUUAAAAAAAGGUCAAUAAUUCUUAUUUAUAAAAGCUGUGUGCUACUUUCCCAUUGUAAAGGCUGGAGUUAUUGGGGAUAAUUAGUUGACUCCUACCAGGGUAAUGGGUAACAGAUUUAUCUUCCUCCCUUCAGCUAGCAGUGAACCAUCACUCUCUUCAGACCACUUUGGCUACACAGAACUUGCCUUUGGGAGGAACAUGCACCCGAAACAAAUCAAAAGCAGAGGUGCACAGCUGUGCAGUGGAACACAUCUUGACCGCUAGGAAUACGCAUGUUGAUUAUUACAAAUCCCUGAGGCACCAGCACUGCUGUCUGGACAGAGCAUUGCAUUCUUGGAGUGCAAGGUCCAUGUCCUGAACAUUUUGACAGUGCUUGCUAGAAAAAGGACUUUCCCUGCUAGAUUAAAAUUGGCAGAAUGGGGGGAAGAAAAUGAACAGUGGAAAAAGAAAAGAGAGUCCAGCCUGGGAGAGUGCAACUCCAGAAAAGUUAUGCAAAGGAGUUGUAGAGCUCCAUAUAUUUUUACUAAGUAUUAUUUUGCAUUGCAACCUGGGAAAUUCUCACUCCAAAAUAAGAAUGAGUGAAACUUGUAAAAUCUGAAAUCUGAUGUAAUUUUCAAAAUUGGAGUUUUUGGUUUGGUAAGGUAAUCUUAAGUGUUGAUUCUUCUUUGACCUUGUUGACCAGCUUGAGUGGCUUUACUCCUAAAUUACAUCAGUUGUGGUAGAUGAGGACCAGGCCCACAAUGUUCAACUUCUUAUUUGAAUUUUUUGUUCUUUCUUUGGAUGCUUUGGUGUUUAGGAUCACACCCCCCUCCCCAUUUUUCAGUCACACUCCUCUGAUUUCCUUUGAACACAUAUUCCUCCCCUCACAGAUCCCUCCCCCUCCCUUAUAUAUAUUUGUGUCAAGUUAAAUUUUCAACACAGUUUUAAAAGUGGCUUCAAAAUUAAGCAAAACAAAUUUUCCUGUGCUUUGAUGGCACAUCUUUGGGUGAAUGAGAGACACAUUUUUGUGAAGGAAUGCUGUGACAUAAAUAUGAAAAUAAAGGUUUUAGGUGGAGCCGGGGGAAUAAAAAUUUUAAGAUGCCUUUGUUUCUUUUAAACUAUGGCAUAAAUAAGUUCUUCUCUUAGUGGCUCAAAUUGCAAUAUGCAGGCGGGCAACUUUAUUAAAGAAUUGAAUAGUUUAAACCUGAUAGAAAUAUUAAUUAGAAAUGUUCUUUUCACCAGAAUGGUUGGAAGAUAUGCUGGGAAUAAACCUGAAAAUGUUUGUACAGAUCCAUCUGGCUAGGCAAAUGGUUAGCGUUUCUGUGCAGGUGACAUGUAAAAAUCAAAGGCCAAAUUCUCAGCUGUGAUCUGGCUGUGCCUUUAAAGGGUCUGGACUAAUCCUUAGCUUCAGUUGGCUGGAAUAGAAGAUUGGCAGCCUAUGAUCAAAGUUUUAUGCUGGGGGCAGAUCGGGUGAGUGUUGAGUGGUUCUGUGCUGAGGUAAUGAUAAAGUGACUGAUGGAGGCCAUAAGAAUCUGGGGUAAUUGAAGGCAUGCAUGACACUGCCCUAGACUAUGUUGGGAGAAGAAUCAGAGUAAAAAGACCCCAUAAUGGUGAAACUAUGACUGUACCUUUGUGCCGCUUUCUGUCUCUCCAAACCUUUUAGCCAGUUCAUGGCUGAGAACCUGACCUUUAAAUUACAGGACCUGGGAGACUGCAAGACAUGUCCUACAACAUGUAGUAUGGAUCCCAGGCUGCCAUUUCAUGUAUAGCAUUGGACUGUCAAUGAUAGAAUGAUAAGGAUGUGGGAAUGUCUUCUGUGACUUUGUUACAAUGUAGUGGUAUAAACAGUUACCUUAGUCUUUUCUUCACUUAAGUGAUACUCUCAGAAGGCCAGGUAUGGUCCUUUCCUUUUUGUCUUUUACAUCUAGAAGAAGUCUGUGAUUACAGCACUCUUUAGAAAACCAUUACAUGUGCCAUAGCACAGAACUGAAUAUGGAGCACCCAUGCAAGGUGUCUAAUUGCAGUAGUUUGCAUCUUUGGAUGUAUCUCUAGUUGCUGUAGCGGUUUCUUCCCUGACUUAUUAUCUGAAAUAAUAAGUCACAUUAUUUCAGAUUGUCAGAAUAGAAGAUAGUAUACAAGAGAUUGAUUGUUUAUUUUGUUGAGCCAGAAGAAACAAAGUACUCCUCUGGCAAUUAUUGAUCAUAAUUGCACAAAUGAUAGAAUAUUUCUAGUAUGAAGAAUAAUGGCCUGCUGUGUUUCAAACCUAGUGUUUGCACCAUAAGUUACUGAAAUUACUCUUUGUUUUUCUCUAUGAUGAAAACCAAAUAUGCUUUCUCUCAGGCAGAGCUUUAAACAACUUACUAGAAACAGCUGUCUCAUCCUUCCACCCAUCCUUGUAUACUGACUGUAUAAUCAGCUUUUUCAGUGCAUUGUUCAGUAGGAUAACACUGGUUCAGGGUUCAAUAUGCUACUUGUAUUCAUUUGAGUUCCCAUUUCAUUUUAAAGACUUCUAAAGAGGAGAAAAGGAUUAAAAAAAUAAAGAUUCCAAAUAUUUAUUUCUAUCCUUCUAUUAUGGAAGAAAUUUUUAAUGAUACCACAAAAAAAAAAUCUAUUUUUAAUCUAUCAGUGUAUUUCUGAAAUACCUUCCAACGUUUGAAUGCCUAUGUUCAAAAUGAGAUUUUAAGAAAAAAAAUCUAAUUAUGAGUCUAGGACUAAUUUAUUGUACUGUGCUACAUUUUUGUGUUACAGCACAUGAAAAAAUUACUGUAACUAGCUUUCCAAAGUACCUAUGGACAAUGUGAAUAGCAAUUUAUUGUUAAUAGUUGCUCUUCGUUAUAUUUAAUCUCCUUGUAGAGUCAUCAGAAAGAGUAAAAAGCCAGCAGUAUAUUCAGUAAACUAGCAGGUUUUGAAUACUGUGUAAUUCAGAAGCACAAACAAAAUCUAUAUUAAAUGUAGUGGCUCAAAUAUUCAACACUGCUAACUAAAAUCCUAAGGGAGAAUGUUGCAGGUGUCAUUUCAGUGACCAAAUGGCUAAUUUGGGAUGGGUCUGAGUGAGAUAAACUCUGCAGGAGCUAUUUUUAUUAUUUGCUAUUGCCUAUGUCAAUGUUUUUUUGCAGUACCAUAGUGAUUUAAAACUAACCAAACACUUCAGAUAAGUCAUCUCAAUCAAGAGGAAAGGAAAUUGGAUAGAAAGCCAAAAAACCUUACCAGGAAACAGAGAUAGAUCUCCACUGACUGCUGUUUCCUCGGAGACAUUGUUACCAACAGCAAAACUCCCACAAAUUGCAGUGAUGCAGCCCCAACCACUAACAGAAUCACUUGAGAAAACCAGUUAAAAACUAAGUUCAGGGAGAUUGCCUUCAUGGGAACUGAAGUGUAUUUUAUAGACAAUUGUGAGCAAGGUCAAAUUUCUAUAUCAGCCCGCUAUUAAAUGGUUUCACUGCAAUUGCAAAGUUAACGAAGCCAAGAAAGGCGGCAAGCCUAGACCCCAGCCCUCCAUGGUGACCUGAGCUCUUCAAGCUCACUGGCAGAACUGGACUACGUUUUCCUCCUAUAAAAUGGGCUCAUCUCCGUCAAAUUUCUUCUCCCAUAGAUCUUUUAAGGGAAAACCAAAUAGACUUUGUAAACUGUUUAGUCAGCCACUCUACAUUACCCUGUGAUCAGGCAAGUAGACCAUAAGAUAAUUCAGUGAAAGAAGUAAAUAAUUUAAUAAGGAAUGUGAUUAGAGUUUUUCUGUUAAUAGGAGCUAAAAGGUAUUGAUUGCAGAGUGUUCAAACAUAACCUUUGGCAUCUCAUAAUUUUCAUCAUUCAGGAUGGACCUUGCAAAAAAAUUGGGGAAACCAAGUAACUGUAUUUAAUUGGAUAUAACCAGUAUUUCUACAGAAAAGCAGAUGAAGUCCGCUUUUCAAUAUGCACGGAAUUCUGUCUCCUUCCACUUUCUUGCAUAUCUCCUGUAUAUCAUUUGGCUGAAGCAUACCUUAUGCGCUAGCACAGUGUCUGUAUGCCAUGUGAGGACAUCAGAGUAUACAGUGUAUAUUUAUCCAAUUUAUCCAAAGUCUAACAUUCCCAUCUUCCUUAUACUAUUGGAAGCAGAGGGAAGGCCAGAAUGGAAGAAAUGACCAUAUUGGCCACCUGAGACAUUUUCCCAUAGGUGCUACAGGAGGUUUUCUCGGAGAAUCUUUCUCAAUGUGAAAGCUGGAGCAUGGUUUCUGCUGUAGCACACUCUCCCUCCAAAUCCCCAAAGCUUCCAAGAGAUCUAUUUAGAAAGCAGAGUAGAUCAUGGACUUUGCACACUGUGCUCUAGAACUUUUGCUUGACCCAGAAGUUUUAAGAAGAAAGAAAUUUUGGUGAGUCCUUCCUUGUCUUCCUGGGACUUGUCAAUAGGCUUGACCGCACUGAAAUAGGUAGGUGUCAUGUGGCUGGCACUAUUGUGAACUGCAGUACAAACAGCAGACAAAAAUGUGCCCUUGGUUUUAUUUAAUCCUGACAUUGAACAACAGAUUAGGAAAAUUGCGACUGAGGUGUUGAGAAGUCUAGGUGAGGUAUAAUGUUUACUGAUAAUGCCAAGGAUGAUCAAAGUUGUAGAUGCAUUACAGAACUAUGUGGCACUAAGUUUGUGCAGGUCAGUGGAAAGCGGGGAGAACAGGAGGGGCUUCUCUCCAUAGUCUGACAAAAAUAAAGUGAUACAGCAUAAAGUUGGAGGAGCAAAACUCCAUAAAUAAGAUUUCUUAUUUAGCAAAAAACCAAAGGCUAAAUAGCCUUAUGGAGGUCAGUAUUAACCACACCCCCAAUCCCCCAAAACCAGGAAGAAAUCCAGGAAAAAAAAACCAAAACAGUUAAGUGACAAUAGCAUCUUUUCUCCCCAUUUUUUUCAAGACUUUAUAGUUCUUUCACUGUGUGAUUUCAAGGAAAGUUAUUCAUAUUUAUAUUGUUAUAAGGGCGUGUACUGGUAUCCGUUGAAAUCAAUAGGUGUUUUUCAUUGACUUCAGUGCACUUUGAACAGGAAGUUUACUGAAAGGAAAAAUGCACCAUUUUGAAAGAGUCUGAUAUGCGUUAAUUUGUACAGUCUUAAUUUGUAGGUCUCGCCUCACAGUCAAAAUGUAGCCUUUUUGGAUAAAAUGUGUGUGGUGAGCAUGUUCUGAGUAAAUUAGACUCUGAAGGUGUUUGCCACAUCCCAAGCAAGUGAGAGUGGUGUGAAGUACAGAGCACUCUGUAAAGAUGUCUCUUUGCUACCAUUAUGUACUGUGGUCUUAACUGGAGGGAAUGAAAAACGCAGUUAUUGUAAAACUGGUAGAAUUUGUAAAUCAUACUUUGUUUUCACAUGAAUUAGACAAUGCAGUAUGCAUUUAUCUCAGAAUUGACUAGCAUGGCCUUCUAGUCUGUAAUGUAGCACAUCUACAUAUAUCUCAGACUUAUGCUUUUUAUAUUAUUCCACUAGAAAGGACUUGAAAGCAAACCAGUCACUAUCCACUGCAGUUCACUACAUUUUUUUUUUGUUAUAUUCUAUUUUCAUUUUCUUGUGCAAGAGAAACCAAGAGUAUGAUGGCUUCUUUAAAAUAAAAAUAACAGCAGGAAAAAUAAAAAGCCUUGGAGAUUUCCUUUUUAGAUAACCAUCCAAAUUUCCAUCAACUAUUGAAUGCUCUUUUUAUAUAAUAGCAUAGUUUUAGCAUUUAAAAUACUAAUGUUAUUGCAGCCUAGAUACAUACAUAUGCAUGUAUCCAUUCAAAUAAUAUGAAUUCCCUAAAUUGUAAGGGAAGGCAGGCUCAAGACGCAGUUGCAAGCAGUCUUGUUUUGGAAGAUUUCUUUUUUGGAUGGAAAGCACCAUGUGAGGUAGGUUUUGUUUUGUUUUUGUUUUUGUUUUUUUUUUUUAAUUAUCAUCUUCAUAUCUGUAUUUUCAAGAAAAAGAUCCUGAGCAAAAAUACAGAACUACUGAAUUAACCCUCAACUAGGACAAAAAUCUAGGUUAUUUCCUGCUGGUGGUCUUGCUGUUGUUGAUCUACUUCAACCUUUGUGCUGUGGUUUUUUGAAUGUUGUAUCCACGAUGCUGUUAGCUGACAUAGCACUCUAUGGAUGAUCCAGUGGCAUAAAGAAGAAUUUAAGGAAAUAAUAAUUAUUUGUGAAUAUGUUUUCAUUCGUGGGAAAAACUUAACUGGAAGUUGGUAGAAGAAGCAGGUGACAGCACUCAGUUGGACUUCUGAGCUCAAUGCAUUACAAAAUAUAGCUGAGUACUGCUUUGCUUUGCCUCAUCAUCUUGUGCUGGUGGCUCAUCUCCAUGGUAAGUAAAGAUGCACAAUGAUGGAGGACUCAGAAGUCAAGAACGUGUACAGGUAUUUUUUCAAAGUGCUGUCAAAGUAUGAGAUAGUUAACCUUAUUACUAACAGCAACUUCAUAGUCUGCUUUACAUUUGCAAGGUUAAAAAUCUCUUGUUCUGUUAGAGUAUACCAGGUUGUCAACUGAAUAAUAUACUUUUCAUAAAUAGAUGAUUCCAUAGGUACAUGCAUUUCAUUUUUUAUUAAUUUUUGGCAACAUUCUCUGAUACCAGAGCUGUGGUGGAGAUUUGAGGAGUUUUAGAUCACCAGAGUUCUUGUAGAAUUACAAUGGAAAUAUCCUUUUGUUUCACAGAUGCAUGCCUUUGCAGAUCAAUACCAGCGGCACCUUCGUGGGGGAAAUGAAUCCACUUGUGCAAAAUCCUGGCCUUGAGUAUUUAACCUGUAUUUGAAGGGCUCAUGAAGCAUAUUAAGCAGGGCAGGAUUCAGGGCACGGUUACUCUAAGAGGCUUCUGGAUUGGAGCUGGCUUAUGUCUCACCAUCCGCUGGAGUAGCCUGCACCAGACAGACCACUAGCAGAAUCUAUGGGGGUUUUUCUGGUUUUGGUUUGUUGUUUUGUUUUUUUUUAAGACUGUGAUUACUCCACCAUAAAACUGUAUUACUGAUGAAUCUGUAUAUAGUGCUGCCACCUUCUUCCUUGCUGUCUUGCUUUGUGUGGGGAGAAGUAUUUGUGUGGUUGUGGUGAGCUGGCUGAAAUAACUUGUCUAGCUUAAAAAACCAAGUUUGGUUUGACUUUUGUCUGGUUAGUUGCCAGCGGGAUCAGUUCUCUAGUCUGGUUCCUUGUCCUAGUGCUGGUACAGAGGAAGUGGUGAGGAGAUUGGUGUUUUGAGCUGGGUGAAAGCUGUUGUGAAACAGCCUGAGGAUUCUCAUCGUGCCUCCAUUGACAUUAAAACAGAGGUACUCUCUGCCUUUUUUGAACAUCAGGUCCCCUCUGUAGUAAUUUUUCUCCCAUAAAGGUGGUUUUGUGAAUUACCUCAAUGACAUAUAAUGGAGAAAAAAUAUAAUCAGGCCAGAAUUUAUGAAAGAGCUCAAAUAAAUGAAGUUGCUUGAAGAGAGAGGAAAGAAAGAGAAAGGAAAACAUGAGUAAGGAUGAAAAAUUUAGUUUCUUGCUGCCAAGCAGUUAUUUUAAGAUAUGUCCUACUAGAGGUACUAGAACAGCAUCUGGCAGGAAACAGCCUAGAAAUAAUUAUUUCUUCAUUAUAAAUAUAAUGAGAAAGUAAUAAAGAAAAUAAGCUGCUAGUGUCCUCUUAGAAACAUUUGUGUUCCAUAGAAGUUGUUUUCAUUUAAAAAGGGUAUUUUCAUUGUCAGCCAAGAAGAACUAGGAGACAGAAUGGUAAAGGAAGAAGAUUGAGUUUUACUAAGUAUUACUGUUUCCCCCUGUUUUAGAGCAUUUCUUAACCAAAAAUGUAAACAGUAACAAUUUUAUUUUUCUGGGACUCCAUAUAUUUAAUUUUCAGUAAUUUAAUAUUCAAAGUAAUGAAGCACUUUGGAGCUUUUAGCAUUUAAGUUGCUUUGUGUUUAAAAGACUGAAUACAGAGAUUGCUACUUCUGUUUUAAUUCAGUUGGGGGGGGGAAUGUGAGAAAAAAGCUUUCAUUACAGCAACAGUCAGUUUUUGGAAGUAUCAUGCCUUUCUACUAAAUCUUAAGACUUCAAUCCUGUACCUGAAUUCAUAGGAGCUUUUUUCUGAGCAUUUCUGAUAAUCUGGUCAGUACUACAGCUUGUGAGCUGCAGCUGCGUUUACAGUAGAUAUGUCUGAAAAUGUACAUCCACAACCUCAGCACUUGCAUAGCAUGGAUUCCAUGAAAGGCAAAGAUGCAUUUGUAACCCGUUAAGUGCAUGAAGGCUUUUAUGUUGCUAUGUGGGGAAAAAGCAGGAAUCUGUGGUCAGAAAUAGAGGGGAGGAAGGAGAGUGAGACUGCCUCUUUCAGACACACUGCAGAUCUUAUAUUGGAUUAAGCCACUUACGAGAAUGCCUCCUAAACUCUUUUCCAAGUAGGCAGUUUAAGCACCAGCUGAGUGCAAUGUGGAAUUCAACACCAACUGGGAAUCCUGCCUGAGGAUCAGCACAGUUAAUCUGUCCUAAGGUUUCUGAUGCGGUGACUAGGAAACUGGAGAGAUGUGAGCUAGCAGCUGCUGCCAGCUGGGAUGCAUCCACGUUGCUGUGCAUCUAAGCUGUACUAUGGGGCAUCAGCGUCCUUGGAUCACUGGGGGUGGGAUGAAAAAUGCUUUCUUAGAGUACAAAAUAGAGCAGACUGAAGCUGAUGAAAACUCUUCCUUCAGCUCAGCGCUGCUGAUACCCACUGAUAGCACUGAACAUCCCCAAGGAAGACCAAGGUGUAUUGCAGUCUUGUCUUCUCUUUACAUGUCUGCUAAAUGUUCUGAUAUGGAAUGUGGUGGGAGUGACAAGUACACAUAUGGUAAUAAAACAGAGCAUGCUUAGUACUGCUAACUGGCAAGUGCGCACAGUCUCAUGCCAGCAGUUUGUGGGCCUUCCCAGAAGCAGAACUGCGUCACUCAUGUUUCAUAGGUAUAGUUCUUAUGCCCUUACCACUUCUCCUGUAGCUUAAACAUUGGAAAAGGGGUUUUCUCUUUGAUGGUCAUUUAUCCAUUCUGCUGUGUCUUUAUGAAGGAGAAAAUCAAGCAGAUUUGCUCUAGGUUUUUUUUUUUUUCUUUUUUUUCUUUUUUUUUGUUUUUUUUUGGGUUUUUUUUUGUUUUUUUUUUUUUUUUUUUUUUUUUUUUUAAUGGGUUUUCUCACCUGCACAAGUGGAAAGCACAAGCUCUGUUGCAAACCUUGGGAGGGUAGCAAACGCUUUUAAACCAGCUUUAGGAGAAUCUCUGUGAUUAUUAAUAAGACAAUUUUGUUUUCAAAUAAAAACUCUCACUUGGAGAGUAUUUAGUUACAACUUUCUAAAUGAGCUGUAGUUUAUCAAAAUACUUUCUCUGUACUGAAAAUAUGAAUUUUAUUUGUAGCCAUUUCACUUAGUAAGUUAAGACACACAAAUGUAUGUGGGUUUUCUAGUUAAUAAGCUAGUUAAUAUACGUCACUGUGGGAAAGGUGCUUAGCCGUGUGAUAUUCAGUAGCCAUUUCAUAAAGACAUGGAUUGUAUUUUUUUUCCCUUUGGAGAAUGUGAUGACUGCACAUAAACAAGGUGGGGUAAUCUUGUAGAGAGAUUUAAAAAGGCUACUUCUCACUUCCUACCUGGAUAUCAUAUGCAUAAAUAUGGUGAAAUCAGGUAAGAGAAAACGUGUGAGUAAAAGAAAAGACCUUCUUUGAUCUUCAUGCUUUCAAUUGUUCCUAUGAAGUACACGAGUUAACAGUUUCCCUAUACACUUUCAGGUUUUCCCUCUGAUGUGCCAUGGGGGGAGUACAGAAGGCAAUGCCUUUUCCAUCAAGACCUAGACAUUUUUAGGUUCAGUUCAUCAGUCGAGUCAGGAGGGCACUUGGUAAGUUCUAGCCUUGCUGAGUUAGGAACAUGGUUUUGUAGGACUAAAUUUAGUCCUGAUGGAGCAACCUGUUCAGCAGAAGAAGGUAAUCCCAGUUGUGGGUAAGAACCGCUGAGGCUGGAGACCAUUAUGCAUUUUGCUGAGGUAAGACAUGAGACUUGAAUUAGGCUUAAGAGCUGCUUAUUAGCUAUUUAAAAACCCCGAAGUGUACAAUUUAAAAACACACUUCAGUGUGUCCUGCUACUUUUGCACCAUUUGGAUUCUUUCCAGACCUGUCCUUGGCUUUGCUCCUUUAGCUUGCACUGAGAUGGGGGGUGGCAGCCACUGCGAUGGUGUGGGUUUCACAUGCCUUCUGCUUGGCUGCAGGCUCUCUCUGCACUGAGCAUCACCAGAGUGGACAGCAGAACCUGGGCAGGGGGAGGGCAUGUCCUCAUGCCGGUGGCAGAUAAAACCUGAUAGCCAAGCAGCUAGGUGCAGCGUGGGUAGGGUUGGAGUACUGAAACAGUGGUCUUUUUAAAAAUUGUUGCAUGGAUUUCAAGCUCCAGUGUUAGUGCAGAGGCAGAAAAUGCUUUGGAUGCUUGAAAUACAAGUCAGCUGUAGAGCAGACAAAGAUUUCCUGGUUUCUAAAUUUUCUGGAUGAAUACUAGCAGUGCCCACUCAUUCUGUAGGACCAUUUGACUUGGAUUCGUCUGAAGAGCGUUGCAUCACUAGCAAAUAUACAGAGCAGCAACAGUAUGUUAAAAGCCUGACUGCACAGUAUUUGCGUGCUGAUAAUAAAUAAAUAAGCUCCCUAAUAGUUGCCUCAAGUUCCUGUUUCUCCUCACCUUUACCUUCAGCUUUUGAGCUCUGCUAAUCCUGCCAGUUCUGAUAUUCCAAAUUGCUGAGGAACUUCUGUGAGCUGUUAAAAUCAGUCUAUCUAACAAAUGAUGUGGAACAUCCUUUCCCUCCCUCUCUCAACUCCCUGUGGUCAGAGAGGCAGGCUGGGAGAUACUAACUUCUGUGCUAAUUCAAAGUGUAAUUGCCAUACCACCUGAGGAGCCAAAAGAAAAAGGGAGGUUUUAAGCUGAAAAAAAAAAGUAAAUAAAACAAGAAGAUUGUAUUUACUGGUAUUUUAAUUAACUGUAAGAUCUUAUUUUCCUGUGAAGCCCUGUCCAUUGCAACCAAAGCAUUUGGGUUUAAGCUUAGACUGUAAGAAAUCGUAAGGAAUAUUCCCAGUGAAAAAUAUGAAGCUUUUUGAAGUAUUUUUAUCUUUGUUUCCUGUAAAAGCCAUGGCAUGCAGAAAAUACACACUAAGGCAGCACAGUAGAAAUGCUUCUUUAACACCCUCUUGGGAAAGUCCUAAAUCCCCUAUCUUCUCUGUCAAUAGUUUACUACUUCUGCAAUAUGUGACUGUCCUAGAUGCAUGUUGCAAGAGUUUCUGUGCCACGCUAAAUUCUGAUGUUUAUCCCUUUGUAUUAACUCAUACAUGGGGGAAAAACUGAAAGGAAAUCAAAGCAAGGGAAACCUUGGAGUUGAAUUCUUUUACCCUAUUCUUCGUGCACAUUUUUGUUGCAUGGAACAAUGUGGCUGGGAUGAUUGGAAGAAUCAGAGGUUAACUGAAUUGUCUGAAUGCAUAUAUUCGAUGCUGGUCACCUGACUAUACUAACAAACUUAAAAGGUGGUUUGAUAGCUGUCAACUUGUUUUGCUAUUGUGCAGCUUAAGUGUUACCUUCCUGUAUUAUGAACAUCUAUGUAUUUGGAAAAUUAAUCCAUCUUGCAAGAAAGAUUGUGCAAAAAAUUGUUCCUAUUAUACUCCAGUGUAUAUUGCUGAUGUCAAAUAAAAUACAAUUGUGAGAGUUCUUAAA